UUUCUUGAAGGAUAAAAGUUUUAAUUCUUUACCUGUUUUUCUGUAGUCUAACUGCAAGCUUUGAUAAGAAUAUAAAGGUGAAUCUGUGAUGUAACCAUGGAAAUAUUAAAGAUGAAGAUUGAACCCUUUUAUGAUGAGGAACAGGAUGCUUUGUUUGAUAUAAAAUUGGUGAAAAAUGAAGAUAAAGCUUUAACUGGUACAACACAAGGAGCUGAUUCUUUUGAAGAAAGUUCUUCGCGUACCAAUUUUAAGUUUGACAUAGCAAAAGAGGAGCAAGAAGAGAAUUCUGAUGAAAAAACAGAGAAAACUGAGAACAUAUUUAUCAGAGUGAAAACAGAGCAGUCUAGUGGUCUACCACAAGAUGACAUUAUUUCAAAGUUCAGUGACAGCAGUGAUAUUGAUUUGGAUAGUUUAAACCAUAGCUUUGUGAAUGUGAAAAUAGAAAAUGUAUUUAAAGAUUUACAACAAAUUGAAUCUAAGUUGGAAAUUGCAUCUGAUAUAAAGACUGGUGUGAACAUCUGUUUUGAAAGUCAGUUUCCUGGUCAUCAUGUUUUAAGACAAGAAGAUCCCUUUACAGAAGUCAUCAAAUCCCCAAAACUAAACGAGGUGUGUGGAAAAACAAAUAUAAAUGGAAAUACUGUGAGACCAUCUAAAGGUGGUGAUAAACCAUACAGUUGUAUAAUCCGUGCAAAAGAAGUUGCAACCAUGGAUAACCUAAAACAACAUGAGAGAAUACACACUGGAGAGAAACCAUACAAUUGUGUUUUGUGUGGAAAAUACUUUGGAACAAAUAGUAAAUUAAGAAUACAUCAGAGGAUACACACUGGGGAGAAACCAUAUAGUUGUUUUGUGUGUGGUAAAGAAUUUCAAACAAAUAGUAACCUUAAAAAACAUGAGAGAAUACACACUGGGGAUAAACCUUAUAGAUGUAGAGAGUGUGGCAAAAAUUUUAGAAUGAAUAGUGACCUAAAAAUACAUGAGAGAACACACACUGGAGAUAAACCAAACAGUUGUUUUGUGUGUUGCAAAAAAUUUGGAACAAAAGGUGACCUAAAAAAACAUGAGAGGAUACACACUGGGGAGAAACCAUACAGUUGUAUAGUUUGUAGCAAAGAAUUUAGACUAAAUAGUGAUCUAAAAAUACAUGAAAGGAUACACACUGGGGAAAAACCAUACAAGUGUAUAGUGUGUGACAAAAAAUUUGGAACAAAAAGUGACUUGAAAAAACAUGGGAGGAUACACACUGAAGAGAAACCAUACAGUUGUAUAGUGUGUGGCAAAGAUUUUAGAAGAAACACUAAUCUGAAAAUGCAUGAGAGAAUACACACUGGGGAGAAACCCUAUAGUUGUUCUGUGUGUGGCAAAGAAUUCAUAGCAGUGGGUAACCUGAAAAAACAUGAAAGGACACACACUGGAGAGAAACCAUACAGUUGUGUUGUUUGUGGAAAAUACUUUGGAACAAUGGGUAACUUAAAAAAACAUGAGAGGACACACACUGGAGAGAAGCCAUACAGUUGUGUUGUUUGUGGAAAAUACUUUGGAAGUAAUAGUAUUUUAAAAACUCAUCAGAAGAUGCACACCAGCGAAAAACCAUACACUUGUUUAGUGUGUGGAGAAAAAUGUUUAACAAAUGGAGAACUGAAAAGUCAUAAGGUAGUACAUACUGGACAGAAACCAUACAGUUGUGCAGCGUGUGGUAAAGAAUUUGUAAUUAAAAGUAGUCUAAAAACACAUGAGAAUAUACAUACAGAAGGGAAACCAUAUAGCUGUGUAAUAUGUAGAAAAACAUUUGGAAGAAAUAGUGACCUAAAAAUACAUCAGAGAAUACACACUGGGGAGAGACCUUACAGUUGUGCAGAUUGUGGAAGACAGUUUGGAACAAAAAGUAAAUUAAAAAUGCAUCAAAGAAUACACACUGGAGAAAAACCUUACAUUUGUGCAGUUUGUGGAAAACAACUUAGGACAAAUAGUUCCUUGAAAAUACAUUUGAGAAUACACUCUGGGGAGAAACCAUAUUGUUGUGUAGUAUGCGGCAAGGAAUUUGGAACAAACAGUGAAGUGAAAAGCCAUGAGAGGGUACAUACUGGAGAGAAGCCAUACAGCUGUGUAGUGUGUGGUAAAAAUUUUGGAAGAAACUGGGACCUUAGAAAACAUGAGAGGAUGCACACUGAGGAGAAACCAUAUUUUUCUGUAGAGGGUGUGGCAGAAACUUGAAAUUAAUUGUAAAUUUAAAAUACCUAAGAAAAUAUUGCUUGGUCUCGUAUCUGGAAAAAAGAAAACUAGUAAAUGGUUGUUAAAGCAUUUUUUUAUACAGUUUGAAGCUAGUGAUAUUAAAAAUGCUAAAUACUAAAUAAAUUUUUUAAAUUUUGACCCAAAAAUUGCCUAAAAACAAGAUGAUCACUAAACAGAACAAGUUACUAUAACUUCUGAUCUAUUCAAGAUAUAAACCUCAUUUUAGAAGUAAAUGCAAGCAAAGCCAAAAGUGUAGGACCAAGUAUUCAGGAUACAAAUGUAAUCUUAGACCAUGUAUUGGUGCUUUCAACAUUUGUAAAUCGAUUGAAAACAAAAUGAAGUAUUUGAUUUACUAUGUUAAGGAUAUCUUCCUUUACCUUAAUAUGGUCUUACCUUUACCUAAUUUCAAUAUAAACAGUUGGCCUGAAAAUAAUGUUCAAAAUUUUUAAAUCUGCAUAUCUUAGGUUUUAAGAUGGUAGUCCAAAAUGUAAGCCUCUAGAUAUAUUUUUUCCACUUAUCUUCAAAUUAAUGUAAAAAAAAAUAAGGAUGACCUAAUCAAGACAGGUUAUAAAACAAUCAGUAUUAGCCUCUUUCAAGUUAAAUAAUUUCUUGAGAUGUGUUUUCUUCAUUAUUUUUAGUUUUGUAUUAGUUUGUUUUAUUAUCCACUUUGCUGAAUAUACU